AUGGGGAGGGAAGCCAGCCCAAAGAACUCCACUCUAAAGGGGAGAAGUUCAGGUUCAGGGAACUCCUCUUUAAUCUGGACAGAUUCCAUCUCCACACUGUCCAUGGCAGCACAUGAGAUUCUGAUUGUAACCUCCGACUCCUUAGAGGAAAAGUCCAACCUGCUGGACGUGAACGCUUCACUGAAGGCCAGCUUCCUGGGGGGGUUGAUAGAGGUGGGGGGGUCGGCCAAGUAUCUGAAGGACGAUGUCUCCUCCACGCGGCAGUGCAGGGUCACUAUGAAGUACAGAAAGACUGUUCUCUACGAGCAGCUGACCAUGAGCCAGCUGGGCAAGAUCACCUACCCUCAGGUGUUUGAUCAGCAGACGGCCACACACGUCAUCACGGGAGCGCAGUAUGGAGCUCAGGCCUUCUUGCUUUUCGACCAGAUGGCUUCUACAGAAGAACACAAGCAGGAGAUCGAGGGGAACCUGGAGGUGAUGGUCAAGAAAAUCCCUCAGUUCUCCAUCGAAGGGAGGGGAGAGUUGAACCUGACAGAUAAAGAAAAGAAGAUUGUAAAUCAGUUCAGCUGCACGUUCCACGGCGAUUUCGACAUCAAAGAGAAUCCCACCACAUAUGAGAAAGCCUUUGAUGUAUAUAAAACGCUACCAGAGCAGCUGGGAGAACAUGGAGAGAAGGCCGUGCCUCUGAAAGUGUGGCUCUACCCUCUGAUUCAGCUGGACUCCAAAGCUGCUCAGCUGGUGCGAGAGAUCAGCGUGGGCCUGGUCUCCCUGGUCGAGAAGGUGCUGUACUUGUUCAAAGAGGUCAACAUGAGAGCAAUCAACAUGAUCGGCGACAGCUUUGUCAACCAGUUUGAAGAUCUAAAAUACAGACUGGCAGAGGUGCAGCAGAAGUUCCUGCAGUAUAAGACAGUGUUUGAGAAAGCUGUGUCCAGGGUCCUGCCAACUAUCCGGGGGGGUGGGGAGAAGGAGCAGGCACUGACUGAUAUCCUGCAGAGUCACAAUGCUUCUCCAUUCACCAACAGCAAGAUGCACAAGUGGCUGGAUGAAAAGGAGACCGAAAUAAAAGUGUUGAGACUCUACACUGAUGAACUGAAAGACGUUCCCAUCAUGAAAUCAACAGGGGAGCUCAACAGAGUCCUCUUUGAUCCAAAGAUUGAGACUGUCGUCUGCUUCGCCUUCACCUCACUGCAGUACAAAGAGCCAUACCUCUCCGCCCUGACUCAGUGCCUUGAAUCUGAGGAGUUCAGGAAAAUGGAGAAGAGUAGUUUUCUACGUGCCGCUGAAGAGGAGCCCCAGCCAUGGUGCACCUCCCCUGAGCUCUCAAAGAAAAUGAGGGAGAACCUUGAGCUGUUCAGAGGGUUUUCAGAGGUCAAUAAAGACCAGAAGCAAACCAGAUUCGUUCUGGCCUCCAUCUCAGACCCCUCCUGUCCUGGAGCCUCCAUUCGCCUGUAUAGACAAGGGAAAAUAAUGGAUCCCCAAUUUCAGUGCAUAUCAAAGCCCCAAUCCCCCGUGGUGACUGACAUCCAGACCAACAGCGUGACCCUGAAGCUGCUGCCUCCCCAGGUUGGGAAGAGCGAGUGGUACAGAGUGGAGCACAGAGCACUGAAGAGAGCAGCUGAGACAGGCACACAGCAGGCGUGGACAGCCACAGACACUGCUGACACACAGAAGACCUGGACUCUGUCUGGGCUGCAGACUGCCACACUCUACCAAGUCAGGUACAGGGCAGUCAGAGCUCUCUUAGUGAGUGAAGCCAGUGAAGCCACUGAGAUCCAGACCAAACCCAGUCCAACAACUGCACCUGGAAAGCCUAAGAAGAACAUAAGAACAUAA